AUGGCAAAUUAUUUCUAUCAAAUUCCGCCCCCGCCAUUUCCAGCUCAUAAUCCAAACCAUACAAUUAGUGCAUACGAUAGAUACCACGGUACGCUAGACGGUAGCUGGCGAGGUGGAUGGGGGGAUAGAAACGCUGGUACAUUCAGUUGGAAGGAUCCUUAUUUAAGAGUUUCCAGCUAUUCUAGUAAUUCAUUAGCAGAUUUCAGAAGGAGAGAAGGUGCUACUGCCAGAAAAGAGCGUCUUCGUAGUGUCUAUAACAGUCUAAAGAGCGAAGACGAUAAAGAGCUUAAAUUACUACCUUCCAACAUCUCAUGGUACGAUUUCUGUCAGUAUGUUUAUAGGAAAGAAAUCGAACUGUGGAAUAUUUAUAAAGACCUGGAUGUUAACAAUGAUAUGAAACUAGACAAAGAAGACUUAAGACUGGCUCUUCUUAAAGCCAAAAUCACCCCAAACCAAUCGUCGUUUGACGAUUUCUUCAACUCGCUAGAUCAAGACAACAAAGGCGUCAUAGAAUUUGCAGAUUUUAGAGACUAUUUAUUGCUAUUACCACAACACCCGCACAUUUCUGAAAUUUACCGCUAUUACACACUUAAGUCUCAGUCUCAACUCACCUCAGACGCAGACGUCAUUGUCUCCCCAGAUGUCUCUCGUGAUAGCUCGGUUGACAGCCACAAGGAGGUCGAAAAGGAAGAAGAAGAGGAAGAAGAAGAGGAAGAAGAAGAGGAUAGCUGCACAAGUGGCCUUCUAGGUGGUAGUCAAGCAGCUCGCUUCCUCCUGGCAGGUGGUAUCGCGGGUGCAGUCAGUCGAACUGCAACGGCCCCAUUCGAUAGACUAAAAGUCUACCUAAUAACAACAACCAAAAAGACUAAUAUGAGCGGUUUAGCAGCUUUAUACUCCGCAAUGCAAAAAAUAUACCACCAAGGCGGAGGUAUAAGCGCAUUCUGGGUCGGAAAUGGUCUUAACAUCGUUAAAAUCUUCCCAGAAUCCGCUAUAAAAUUCUUAUCUUACGAGACUGCAAAGAGAGUUUUUGCAAAACAUUGGGAUAAAGUCGACGAUCAGAGUGAAAUAAGCGGUACAUCUAGAUUCUUUGCUGGUGGUGUAGGUGGUAUAACAUCUCAAUUAUCAAUCUACCCUAUAGAAACUACAAAAACACGGAUGAUGACAACAGCUUCAAAUACCUCAAAAGCUAGGGUGUUACACACAAUGAAAGACAUAUACCUAAAAUCAGGUUUCACUGCCUUCUAUCGAGGGUUGCCUGCAGGUCUUUUUGGUGUGUUUCCAUAUAGCGCGAUCGAUAUGUCUACCUUUGAAGCCCUAAAAAUAGCAUCAAUGAAGUAUCAUCAAGGUGAAGAUCCAUCAAACAUUGAAUUACUCGCAUGUGGUAGUAUAUCAGGCUCAAUUGGAGCCACUUCAGUCUAUCCACUCAACCUCCUUCGUACGAGACUGCAAGCGAGCGGCACACCUGCCCAUCCACAAAUAUAUAAAGGUUUCUUUGACGUACUACAGAAGACCUACACGAUUGAAGGUCUUAGGGGUUUCUAUAGAGGUCUUAUUCCAACACUCGCGAAAGUCGUUCCAGCAGUUUCGAUAUCCUACCUAUGUUACGAGAACGCCAAACGAAGUUUAGGUGUUUGAGUAUAUGUCCUUAGUGCUAUUUUUAUAGAUUAUUAUGCAUUCGUCUAUACAUCUACCUAAAGGAAAUAUUCUAUAUAUCCGAUUCAUAUUCUAAGCAAAGGAAGCAGCUUGGAAGAAACGCUGGCGACGUUGCUUGUAGUAGAACGCACGUUUGUGAGGGAAUUCAAACUCCUGCACUGGGUUAAUAAGUGUGCAUAAAAAAGACAUCUACCCACUCUGUUCAACUCAACUGGCAAAAGAGCUUUGAGACGUGGUCCUAAGCCCAAAUCGACGCGUGGUUCAAUGACGACAUUCUGGGUGCGGGCGUCACGAAGGAAACAACAAUGCAUCAUACUCGUAACGGUUGCGACGACUAUAAUGUGCUAUUAGUUAACAGUAACACUCUCUGAUGGAAACUCACAUCUGUCCUUUCCUCUAAAUUCUUCCUCUCCGACGAGCAAAUGGAUACCUUGAUCGUAAUCUUCCAUACCACCGCAAUAAACGUUGAUAGGAUCUUCUUUCACCCAAGCUAACUCGCCGUAUCCGGCUGGUUUUCCAUUCCAGCAGAAAAUGAAACCCAUCAUGUGUUUAUCUUCCAAUCUGUCUUUGAUAUACUGAUGGUGCUUUUCAUCUGGACCUUUUUCUCUCCAGCCGACGUUUACUCUGUCACUGUUUUGCCACUUUUUGUAGAACUCAAAGUGUUCAGUGUUGGUGCCGUCGAUGUGAACAAAGGAGAGUGAUUGACCAACAACAUUGAUGUACCUUUCAUAGAAAACGGUACCCGGGGCAGGCUUUGGAGGACGCAAUGGGUGUACUGUAGCAACCAAUUCAUUCUUUGUAAAUGAUUGUAUCUGAGGGAAGGCACUGACUGGUGAAAAGUCAACUGCUGUAGUUGCUUUCAACCAGUGGUUUUCGACGGAUGCACCAGCACCCUGCCAGAAUGAUUCUCUUGAUAAGAUGACAACGGCGCUGUCAGAUGGACUGUCGAAUCCUAAUCCAGAUUGUACGAUAUAAGCAUACUUUUCAUCAGAUGGCUUCUCAAUUGCAAGGUAUUCCCUAUUAGUUGCAGCCCAAAUGGCUCUCAAUACAAUCCAGGUGUUAUCACGUGAAAUGCUUGAAAAGUCGUAGACUGCGUCUUUCUCUAUUCUGUCGUCGUUGAGUAUUCCGAAUGGAGAAACGGCUGUUUGAUUUGCUGUCUUUGGAAUAGUGAAACUGGUUGACUGAGAUUCUACUCUAAUGCUAUUGUCGCCUAUAAUUGCUCUCAGUUGCUCGCUC